UUUGCCCAAUAGACGUAUACUUCAGAGAUUACUCAGUUAGAAGGUGUAUAAAACUGAAAGUAAACGCUUGCCUUCACUACAGAAGAAGGACCUGCUGUAUAUUCUAGUUGACAGUUGGACAACAUGGGGGGGUUUUAUUGGAUAUUUUUCCUCUUGUCUGGUGUUGCCUCAGCAGAGCGGCACAGCUCUCUGCGGACCAAGAGGGGCCUUCUGGAGCUGGCAGGGGCCAUAGAGUGCUCAACAGGCAGGUUUCCCCUGGCCUACAUGAUGUACGGCUGCUACUGUGGACUAGGGGGUCAGGGCUGGCCCCGAGACAGGACCGACUGGUGUUGUCAUAAGCACGACUGUUGCUACGGAGAUGCUGAAACGAUGGGCUGUGAAACCAAGACCAGGCGGUAUAACUGGAAGUGUGAGGACAGGGAGGCAGAGUGUGAUGACCUGAUGGACAAAUGUGAAAAGCAGCUGUGCAAGUGUGACAGAGAAGCGGCAAAGUGCUUCAGGAAGGCACCUUACAUCUCAAAAUAUGCUGUCUGGCCAGAUUUUCUAUGUGGCUCCAAACAGCCAACAUGUAAUAUUUACUGACUCAAUAAAUAUACUUGGAUGAAUGUGACCGUGUGUGUGUCUG